UAAUAGAUUUAUGAUAGUCGUAGGGGCCAGGCAUGGGUUGUCUCUUAUUGUGCACUUGAAUUUAUUUAAUACAUUUGGAAGUCAGUGUUCUACGUGCUUCUGGGGAGUCUCCCACUUCACUUCCACGCCUACAUAUCUCUCUCAUUACCUAUCUGCCACUCCACUUCCCUUCAAAAAAAUAAUAGCACAGAAGCAGAAUCAAGAGUGGCUAUAGCGUAGAUGGAAGGAGUAGGAGCACGCCACAACGAAAUUAGCGACGGAAUGCAAUGCAUGAACCACCCUCACAGAAACAACAACAACAACAACCCUGGUGGGAUCUGCGCCUUGUGUCUCCAAGAUAAACUCCGCAACCUUCUCUCUUCUUCUUUCCCUACUUCAUCACCUCCUUUUUCUUCUUCUUCUUCUUCUUCCCCUUCUUUCACUUCUUCUUCCUCGGUUAAAACCGACCACGACCACGACUACGACCACUACACGCGCUCUCGCCUCCCUUUCCUCGUACCCAAGAAAAACAUCAUCAUCAACAACAAAAAACCGUCUUCUAUUUCAACAAACAUCAUUUUCAAGCGCAGCAAGUCCACCGCCACACCCAGAAGGAACAACAACCAGUUUCUCGAGGAGGAGGACUUUAGUCCCAGAAAAAGAAACGGCUUUUGGUCUUUUCUCUAUCCUUCUUCUUCAAAUGGGAAGCACAGAGACAAGUGCUUGGGAAAAAAGAGUGAUCACGUGAUUGUUAUGGAAGAGGACACGUGUUUUAGUUCUUCUUCCAAGGUUUCGAGAUCUAGAUCUAUUGGGUGCGGUAGCAGGAGCUUCUCCGGUGAUUUCUUCGAUAGGAUCUCUUCUGGCCUCAGCGAUUGCACCCUCCGGAGAGUGGAGUCUCAGCGUGAAGGAGGAAAACCUAAGGUAAUUGCUAAUACUAUGAACCAUUGCAUGAAGGAAAGAGUGAGGUGUGGAGGAAUAUUCAGUGGCUUCGUUAUGACUUCGUCUUCGUCAACAACGUCUUCUUCUUCUUCUUCUUCUUGGGUUUCAUCUUCUGUUGAUGAUGGCAGAGGAAGGAGUUGGGGCUGGGCUUUUGCUAGUCCUAUGAAAGCAUUCACCACAAAAGGGUCUUCUAAGAGAGAUGCUUCUGAUAAGAACAACGACACGCAUAACUUAUCAGCCAUUCCUUCCUUGCUCACUGUUAGAGGCUAAAAUCAUAAACUAUUAUUUCGGAGGCUUAUGCUCUGUUUAUCUUCGUUGAUAAUAAUAAUGUAAUACUACUUUCAGUUUCCUUUCAUCAUUCUUUCUUUUCAUUGUUUAUGAUAAUGGUUUAUUAUUAUUAUUAUUAUAUGGGUGGGUUAUUAUGAUCAUUGGCUAUAUUGCCUAUGGAAUAUACCCUUCUGAAACCCUUUAUUAUGGUACUGUAAAUGUAGUGGAUGGAGAAGGAAAUUGAAAAAGAAAGUCUCCAUAUAA